CCUGAAUUUGUCUGACUUCACUUAAACCCUCGACCGAUCGACUCAAACCAACCCGGAACUUUUAACUCAACUAAAACAUUCUUUUAAACUAAUCCAAGGAGUUCCCUCGCCCUCGAGCAGCUCCGAUGGUUUUAUCAGGAAGAGGUUCCUCUGCGGCCUGACUGAGUCUGAGUUCAGGGGAGGAGGAUUUGCAAAUGUGUCUCGGUCCCACUGCGGCGGUUCCUGCAGGACAGUAACCCUCGACUUGUCUCUACAAACCAGCUGGAGGAGAGAGGUGGAGUCACGAGGUGCCAUCAUGCCUCAACAGAAGGACAUCGUGAAGAUCGCCAUCCAGAUGCCGGGGGCUUACCCUCAGCUUAUACAACUGGACCAGAAAAAGCCUCUGUCUGCUGUGAUAAAGGAGGUGUGUGAUGGCUGGAAUCUCCCAGGUCAUGACAACUAUGCUCUGCAGUAUGCCGAUGGAGUCCAGACGUACAUCACUGAAUCUAAUCGUCUGGACAUCAAGAACGGCUGCAUUCUGCGUCUGACCAAGGCACCGGGUCGGUGUGCAGAAGACCUGUUCAAAGGCAUCCAGAGCUCGGAUGCAGGUGUCCGAUGUGAUUCCCUGAAGGAGCUGGCCAGUGUGUCCACAGACGUCACAUUCGCUCAAGAGUUCAUCAGCCGGGACGGACACCUCUUAUUGGUCAAGAUAGUAGAGGACUCAAAGGAGAGUAAUGUGAUCAUGACCCACACGCUGACAGGCUUCAUGGAGCUGAUGGAUCAUGGGAUAGUCUCCUGGGAGAAUCUCUCGACAGUCUUCAUCAAGAAGAUUGCUAGCUUCGUCAACGCCAAGCCAACCGAUGCGUCGAUACAGCAGGUGUCCUUGGACAUCCUGGAGAGCAUGGUCCUGAGCAGUCACAGCCUCUUCUUACAGGUCAAACAAGAAAUCACCAUGGAGAGGCUCAUCGCUCACCUGCAGGUGACGAACCAGCAGAUUCAGACCAAAGCCAUGGCCCUGCUCAUGGCUCUCCUGCAGACAGCUGGAGACUCAGACAGACAGGACAUGUUUGCGUUCCUGAAUAAGAGGAAUCUCCGUCAGUACAUCUACAAAAACAUCAUCCACAGUUCUGGAGCGGUCCAGGAUGAGAUGGCUCACUACCUCUACGUGCUGCAGUCAGUCACCCUGAAUCACCUGGAGCCUCGCAUGAGGACGCCUCUGGACUGUUACAACCAGGAGCAGAGAGACAUCCUUCACGGUCUGCGUCAGGCGGCUUUCGAGACAGAAAGUGAGAACAGUCUGAGCCACGAGAGACGACGCUCGCUCUGCGCCAAAGAGUUCAAGAAGUUAGGCUUCUCUAAUAACAGUAACCCCGGCCAGGACUUGGUGCGAACGCCGCCUGGUCUGUUCGCUUUGGACACCAUGUAUUAUUUUGCGGCUCGUUAUCCUGACGCCUACAGCAGGUUUGUCCUGGAGAACAGCAGCAGAGAAGACAAACAUGAGUGUCCGUUUGCGAGGAGCAGCAUCCAGCUCACGCUCAUCCUGUGUGAAAUCCUUCGAAUCGGAGAGCCUCCCUCAGAGACAGGGUCAGACUACCACCCCAUCUUCUUCAGUCAGGACCGGCUGAUGGAGGAGCUUUUCUGUGUCUGCAUUCAGCUGCUCAACAAGACCUGGAAGGAGAUGAGAGCCACACAGGAGGACUUUGACAAGGUGAUGCAGGUGGUGAGGGAGCAGAUCACCAGGACGCUGUCCAGUAAGCCGACCUCCCUGGAGCUCUUCAAGAACAAAGUGAACGCUCUGAACUACAGCGAGAUCCUCAAACUGCGGCAGACAGAACGACUGCACCAAGAAGAGACUCUGGCUCCUCCUGUGCUUGAACUCAAAGAGCGUCUGAAGCCAGAGCUACUGGAGUUGAUCCGCCAGCAGAGACUCAACAGGCUGUGUCAGGGAACGAUGUUCAGGAAGAUCAGCAGCCGACGCAGACAGGAUAAACUGUGGUACUGCCGCUUGUCGCCAAAUCACAAAAUGCUUCACUACGGUGACGUGGAGGAAGACACAGAAAACCCAGCGAUAGAAAGUCUGCAGGAGAAGAUUCCUGUAGCAGACAUCAAAGGCCUGCUGACAGGGAAAGACUGUCCUCACAUGAAGGAGAACAAAGGCAAACAGAACAAGGAAGUGCUGGACCUGGCAUUCAGUAUCACUUAUGAUGUAGAAGAGUACAGCCUGAACUUCAUCGCGCCCUCCAGAACUGACUUCUGCCUGUGGACAGAUGGACUCAGCGUCCUCCUGGGCCGGGAGAUGAGCAGCGAGGCCAUGCGCAGUGAGCUGGAGAUUCUCCUCUCCAUGGAGAUUAAGCUCCGCCUCCUGGAUUUGGAGAACGUUCCCAUUCCUGAGAGCGCACCGGUCAUCCCGAAACCACCAAGCAACUACAACUUCUGCUACGACUUCAGCCAGACGGAGCAGUAGAGCGUGUGCAUUCAAGAGAGCGCACAGGAUGUGUGAAUGUGUAAUUAUACUGUGUGUGUGUGAGUGAGUGUGUGUGUGUCUGAAACAAGAGUGUGUGAUGGGAUCUGCAUCUAUGCACUUACUCCUUUAACACAGAUUUUUUUAUUCUUCCUCUGUGGCCUCCUUCUUUACACUCAAGUGAAACCUGAGCACACCUGUGGAAAGUGACUUUAAUCUUCUCUGGUGUUUCCAGGUGUGGACUGAGGCUGAACAUUUUCACUUCUAAUCUGGGACACACUUUUUCAGGUCGUCACUGCGGUCACACUUCCUCUUGUCGGCUGUCUGGACACUUCUACACAGCCACAUAAAAAACACUCGGACAGAUGAGAUUAUUCUUACACAGUAGAGUCACUGACUUGAGUAAUGGUACUUUAAUUUUGUUUGUAAUCGUUUUAUAUUUUUAAAUAUAUCUAAAACUAUGUUUGAAACAUGGAAUAUUCUUGUUUGUAUACUCUUUGAUUUCCUGUUGCUUUCUGAAGCAUUAAGACGAGCUCAGUGCUUCCUCAGGUUGUGGCACAUAAAACACAUUUCUAAGGUAUGAAAGACAGGUGGUUUGUUCUUUUCGUGUUUGAUGACAUGAUGCUUCAAUAAAGAUGAAAACACGCAGGUACUCACCUCGUACGGAUCCCAGCAGCUCACCGUGAUUACUGUAGAUCAGGAAACUGAACAGAUUGAUGUUUAGGUACCAAACUGACCUUCUCUCUUUGUUUUUAACUAAAGGUUUGAUGAUGCAUGUGUGUGACACAGUGAUCACCCUGGCUUCUAAACUCAUCCUUUGUAUCGCAGGUACUUUCAUUACAAUGAUUGAGCACUCAGCGGUGACGCUCUCACAGCUUCAUGUGAUCUGACGCAGCUCUACAGCAGAGUGUUUGAGGGUUUCUGCCUCUCUUCCUGGUAGCAGGUUAUUUCAUUUCAGCAGUCACGACUGUGACCCUGCAGUGCAUUUCUCAUAUGUGAUGAGACUCCAUUGAAUUGUUCCCUUUGGGUGACUCCACAUGAAUAAACUGACGUAUACAGAGGAAACAAACAAA